CAUAUGAUCCCAUGGCAAUGUUCAAGUGCAAGGGUACAUUUGUUGGUCACCUGGGUCCAGUCUGGUGCUUGUGUGCAAUAGGAGAUUUGUUAUUUAGUGGAUCUACAGAUAAAACCAUUAAAGUAUGGGACACAAGCUCUAGCUACAAGUGUUUGAAAACUAUGGAAGGCCACACUGGCAUUGUACUUGCCUUGUGUGCACAUGGAAAUAAGCUGUUCAGUGGUUCACAAGAUUGUAAUAUCAUUGUUUGGAAUGUUGACACAUUUGAAUUUUCCCAUAUGAUAAAAGGCAAUGAUAACAGAGUGUGCACCCUUGUUGCUGCCAACAACAUGGUCUUCAGUGGAUCUCUCAAAGUUAUCAGGGUGUAUGACAUUCAUACGUAUGAGCUGAAGCGAGAGUUAACAGGGCUGAAUCACUGGGUUCGUACACUGGCUGCUACUUCUGAAUAUUUGUUCAGUGGCUCAUUUCAGACUGUCAAGGUGUGGAACAUUAACACCUUGGAAUGUAUACGGGAUCUGGACACAUCAGGAGGCAGUGUAUACAGUAUUGCCAUCACCAAUCAUCACAUUGUUUGUGGCACUGAUAAAAACUGCAUACAUGUAUGGGAACAGAGCUCUUUUACUGAGCUGGACACACUGAUGGGUCACUCUGGGACUGUGCAUGCUCUUGCUGUCCUGCAUACUGCUUCAGGGACUAAACUCUUUAGUGCUUCCUUUGAUAGGUCCUUGAGGGUAUGGAGUAUGGACAAUAUGAUAUGUUCACAAACACUGGUCAGACAUCAGGGGAGUGUGGCUUGCUUGGCUAUGUCCAGGGGUCGCAUAUUUUCUGGUGCAGUGGACAGCACUGUCAAGGUCUGGCAAUAA